CUCAGCUGUUUUCGGAUUGUUUGUGUUUUUGUAUUGAGUGAUUUUUGCGAUAGAAAACUAGAUUUUCCGUCUAAUAUAGCGCGAAAUGAGUUUAACCGACUAUCUAAGACUCGGCGAGUGUAAAAUCUUCAAGGAGGCGUGCGAGGGUCUGCCACGAAACAUAUCCCGUACGCUCGAGCUCGUCGCCGUCCGGGAUGGCGUCCUGUUUACGUGGGAUUUUCAGAAUAACUGCGUGCUGGCGUUAAAUAUUAAAGCAGCCCGGGGCAAGGACGGGGACAACGUAAUUCACCAGAAAUUAUUACCCCUUCACCCGCCACUCUUCACCCCCGAACGUAUACUAGCAAAUGAGACGGGAACCAUGUUGGUAGUAGCCGGACCCAACGGAGUGCUGGUACUACAACUGCCCCGUAGAUUUCCGCCCCACGGCGCGUUCGACCACAACAAGGAGGUGGUGUACUGCAGGAGCUUUAGCCUCGACGAGCGGCUACUAGCCUGCAACGAUGUCAUCACCGUCAGGCAGGUCAGAUUUCAUCCGGGCAGCGUGACCGAUUCCCACGUGCUGGUGCUGACCUCCGACAACGUGCUGAGGUUGUACGAACUCGACGGAGAGCAGGCGCUCAGCGUGGCUCAAUACUCAGUAGGCGAUAGGCCUUCUUCGAUGUUCCCCUCCACCAAGACCACCUUCCUGGACAUCUACGGCGAGGUGGCCGUCGAUUUCGACUUCGGGUCGCCGGAAGUCGUCAGCAAACCGCUCUGGGAGAACUUUCGAGAAAUGAAAAUAGCCGAGAGGGAUAAAACAAACGUCCGCGUCAUCCUAGACACUCCAGACCGAAAGAUAACCCCGAAGAAGGCGGAAACGAUAGACAACGACGUCCAACGGGACGGUAAGCAGCUGACGUGGCCCGUAUACGUUUUGAGAGGGGACUACUCCGUAUACUCCAUCAACGUGGAUCUUCACAAGGGCUCCAAAGCCAGGUUAAAAGGUCCUUAUCCUACCUGGAGUCUUCCGGAUCUGGACGAAGAUGCCUGCGCUAUGAUCUGCCUAAACGCCACUCCCCAAAUAUUCUGUUUCGCUUCUUCAACCGGCACGUUGGUCCACGCUAUACUCCUGGACCUAGAAGAGGCAGAUAUUUUCGAGGAGUCGAGAGUGCAAGGCAAAGCGAUAGUCACCGAAGCCGCCGACAAAGAGUUGCUGGUGUUCGAGACGGUGGUCUUGGAGUUGGGCUUGGCGACGUCCCUGGACGACGACUACGAAAAGUACAAGUGUCCGAUACAUUUGCACAAAGAUGAGUCCAAGGUUUCGCGGUUCUUCGCGACCCACAGCGCCGGAGUCCAUUCCGUGAAUUUGUCGUGCGUAGGAGAACUACAUAGUUUCGUUUUCGGACCCGAAGAUGCGGAGCCUUCGGCGGAUAUAUUCGCUCAGUCUAGUUUCUCCGAAUACAUGGUAUGCACGAAAACCGUCAAUUCGACGAAGUCCAACCCUGUCAUCGGAUUCGCUUUGUAUUACGAACCGACCUCGGUCAUAACCCUAUUGGCGGACGGGAGUGUGGUCACGUUGGCCAUUUUGGCCGCCCCCCUGAUGCCCAAGGAUGAAAUCGCGCCCGGCAACGUCGUGGAAGCGACGUCGCCGCUGAAGAAGAUGUUGAACGAGCCGUUCGACCAGUACAUCCAGAAGGUUUUGAAGAAGUCUUCCAGCCAACCCGUGCUCAAAUUACCUGCCGCUACGGAGAAUACACCUGAGGAAUGCUACGAGUUGUUGCAGAGGGCAUCCCAAGUGUUUAGAGAGCAGCUGUUCAAACAGCAUUCCAAGGCGCGGGAGGAAAUGGAGAAAAGGAUCCACACGUUGAAAAUGCUGAGGGAGGCGCAGAAAAAGGAGAUUGAAAGGAUGGUGGUUCAACGCGACGAGUUGCAGAAAUCAGCCGGCGAUUUGGCAGAAAAGUACGAGGAUAUCAAGGAUAAGCAGGACGAAUUGCUGAAGAGAUGCGAGCAGCUGUUGAUGCUGGCGUCCAGGAAGAGGGACCAGGCUUCAGACGCCGAGACGAAGUUUAUAGCCGACCUCAACGCGUUCAGCGAGAAGUGCGCGGACUACAAGGUCGCUAUCGACAAAUUGAGGAAUAAGUCCAAAUACCAGGACGUGCAGAUCGAGAAUUGGAGAGCUCGGGAAAUCAAAAAGGCAUCAGCCAUAAGCGAGAUGCAAGCCAAUACCAUCAAGAGCAGUUUGCAGGACUCGACAAAAAAAAUCAACCAGAUGAUAGACGAGAUCAAGGAGCACAAGAAAUUUAUGAAGAUUAAAUGACACCGUUUGUUGUAUUAGUGUUUUUUUUUUAUUUUUUAUUAUUUUUGUCGCGAGAAGUAGGUAGAGAAAUAAAUAUUUUUUGUCCAUAUUUCCGCCGUUGAGGUUCCAAAUAAAACACGGUUAUACCAGU